AUGCCCCUCCAGAAGCAGGAGACGGGCGCGUUCCAGCCCUCCCAGGCCUUUGACGACCAGAUGAUGAAGGUCUCGGACAUUCACACUAUCCAGCUGGAAACCCUAAGGGCAAGCCGGCUGAAGGAGAACACGACCUGGGAUCUUGUCGCUGACAUUGAGCGCGUGCGCGAGAAGCUUGGCAUUGAAAAGUGGCUCGUCUUCGGUGGCUCGUGGGGCUCGACGUUGUCGCUCGCGUACUCGCAGACGCACCCCGACCGCUGCGUUGCGCUCGUUCUCCGUGGCAUCUUCCUUCUCCGCCGUUCGGAGCUCGAGUGGUUCUACCAGGACGGAGCGUCUCACAUCUGGCCUGACGCGUGGGAGCCGUACCUCAACCAGAUUCCCGAGGCUGAGCGUGGAGACCUCAUUUCUGCUUACUACAAGCAGCUGACCCAGCCCGAUGAGAAGAAGAGCCUGGAGGCUGCCAAGGCGUGGGCCACCUGGGAGGAGAGCACGAGCAAGCUGUACCAGGACCCGGCGAUGGUUGCGCUCGCCGACAACGACGCGAAGUGGGCCCGCAUCGAGUGCCACUACUUUGUCAAUGGCGGCUUCUUCCCCGAAGGCCACCUCAUCUCGGAGCCCCAGCUGGCCAAGAUCCGUCACCUCCCCUGUGUUGUUGUCCAGGGUCGCUACGACUGUGUCUGUCCGGCGCGUUCGGCUUGGGACCUCAAGAAGGCGUGGGGCGAGGGCCUGCGUUUGGAGAUUGUGGACGACGCUGGUCACUCUGCCCACGAGCCGGGAAUCACGCGCCUGCUCGUCGAGGCGACCAACGAGAUGGCCAAGAAGCUCGACUGGUAG